AUGUAUUCCCCCAAAGUCGGCGACAGGGUCGAUACCCUCGACACACCAUCCAUGAUUGCAGACCUCGAUCUUGUCGAGGCCAACAUCAAAAAACUGAUGGACAAGCUGUUACCAACUGGCCUCGACAUCCGCCCUCAUCUGAAAACAACAAAGAGCGCGAUCCUAGCCGGCAAGAUGGUCAAAGCGGGGGCGAAGGGAGGCUGCGUGGCCAAAGUGAGCGAGGCUGAAGUCAUCGCCGCGGCCGGAUUCGACGACCUGUUUAUCACCUGCGAGAUCAUCGGCCCCGCAAAAGUACAAAGGCUGGUAGAACUGUACCGCAGACACCGCAAGAUCAGGAUAGUUGUUGACAGCGAAGCUGGCGCAACGGCUAUUGACAAGGCUUUGGCCGCAGCCGGUAUCGACGAGCCAAUUUCGGUUUUGAUUGAUCUCGAUGUUGGGCUUCAUCGCACCGGUGUUCUGCCAGGUGACGCAGCUAUGACCCUAGCACAACAUGUGCAGGGUCUGAAGCAUUUGAAACUGAUCGGGCUCCACGGGUAUGAGGGUCAUUUGCAGCAUUUGCAUGAUAAAGAAGAUCGCAAGAGUCAAUGUCUGCAGUCUAUGGAGGCUCUCACGAACACUGCGGACGUUCUACGGAAGGCAGGCUUCAACAUUGAGGUGGUCACUACAGGAGGAACUGGAACGGCCGAAUUCUGCGCCACAGUACCGGGUGUGACUGAGCUUCAGCCUGGAUCGUUCAUUUUCAUGGAUACAGAUUACCGAAAUGCAGUGGGCACAUUCUAUUCCAACAGUCUUACGAUUCUGUCAACUGUGCUGAGCAAACAGGGCCCUCAGUCGGUCACAAUCGACAGUGGAUUGAAAUCGUUGACGACGGAUAGUGGCUUGGCAGAGUGCAAGGACCCGAGGUACACUUAUGGUGUUCUUGGUGACGAGCAUGGCUCACUCAGUUGGGAGGAGGGUACCCCAGCGCUUUCGGUUGGCGAUCGCGUUGAGAUGGUACCGAGUCACAUUGACCCUACGGUAAACUUGCAUGAUUUCUAUUACGCCCAUCGAGGGGGCGUCAUUGAGGAAAUCUGGCCUGUUGACUCGAGAGGCAAGGUCCAAUAG